AUGACAACAUACACCCCUCGAGUAUUACGCAACUGUGCUGCAGCAUUCACAAAUCCAUUAGCUAUGAUCUACCAAAAAUCAAUUUGCGAUUCACAGGUUCCAGAGCUUUGGAAAAGAUCAAAUGUCACUCUAAUUUUUAAACAAGGCAACAAGCAGAAACGAGCCAAUUAUAGACCAGUAUCAUUAACAUCGGUAUCCUGCAAAAUUAUAGAAGGUAUUAUACACAAAAAAAUUAUAAACCACUGUCUUAGGACUAACCUAAUAUUUAAAGAACAGCACGGAUUUCUUCAUAGUAAAGAAUGCACAUCGAACUUACUUGAGACUAGGGAUAUACCAACAGAAACAAUGCAUCAAGGCUACGCCACUGAUACUAUCUUCACUGACUUUUCGAAAGCCUUCGAUAAAGUUCCACACGUCAGACUUUUACACCAACUUAAAGCACAUGGUAUAAACGGUUUGGUCUUAGACUGGAUAGAAAACUGA